AUGUGCCUUCCUGAAGUAUUUAUUAGAAUGGCUGUGAUGUGCAUACUUGAACAAGAAUUCGACAGUAUUGAUAAAAAUUCUGAUGGAUUCCUAAGUAAAGCUGAAAUUAUUAAAUGUUUGGAACGUUUCGGUUUUGAAAAAAGUAAAGCUGAAGAGCUCAUCAAGCUUUAUGAUGAAAACAAAGAUGGGAAAAUAUCCAAAAGUGAAUUCAUGAGAGCUACAAAUAAGAAACUUUCGCAGUGUGAUGUUUCAUGUGCUGCUUUGAGGAAAAUAUUCCGUGAAAUGGAUAAGAAUAAGAAUGGGAAAAUUUCAAAGGACGAAUUACGAAAUUAUAUGAAAAGUGACUGUAAUUUUAUAUUUCCUGUACCAGUUGAACAAUGGGUUGAGAAAUAUGACAAAAACAAAGAUGGGACAUUAAAUUAUGAAGAAUUUAUCGGAUUUGUUUCUGAAUACUUGUAA